AUGUCUCUGCCGUCGACCAAGGCGCCGCCCGCGCAACUAUCCAUCCGCUCAUUCUUCCAGUCCAAGCAGCCGAAAUACGCACCACCGCCAUCUUCACGCGACACCACCACCACCACCGCGAUGCCAACAAACUCCCCCCCUCCUCCUCAUCCUCCAGUACAAACCCUCUGCUUGCCGCCCCUGCCGACCACUCUCCCCCCCGAAGCAGUCAUCCGCCCCAUCACAGAGUCCGACAUCGCGCCCCUACGACGCAUCAACUCCCUCCUGCUCCAAGUCAGCUACUCGGACACUUUCUACCAAAAGGCCAUCGACCCGUCCUCCUCGGGCCCCUUUUCGCGCGUAAUCACAUGGACGCACGAGGGCGAGGAGCCGAAAAUCAUAGGCGGCAUCGUCUCCCACGUGGAACCCGACAUCGACACCUCGGCCGCCCAAGUCCCGCAGAACCUUUACAUCCGUUCGCUGUGUCUGCUCUCUCCCUAUCGGUCGCUGGGGCUGAUGAACGCCGCUUUGGAACACGUCAUUGCCACGGCUAUCAGCGCGCCGAACCUGGAUGUGCGCACCGUCACGGCGCACGUCUGGACAGAGAAUGAAGAGGGCCUCCAUUGGUACGACGCUCGGGGAUUCACGAGGCUGGAUCCUCCCGUGAUGGGUUAUUACCUGAAGCUGCGGCCUGAUUCGGCGUGGCUCAUGAAGAAGGAUGUUGGUGCCAGCGUGAGAAGUAGUCUGCCGGGUGCGAAUGGAAAUGUUGUCGCAGCUUCAUCACGGCCCGUCGGGGCUAGCACCACUGCUGCGGUUGUGAAUCUACCUCCGCCACCGACAUCUGGUCCUCCGUCCUCAAAAUCCACGCCGCCGCCGUCAUCAGCACCACCACCACAGGGAUCGAGGCCAAAAGCCGUGUCAGGGCAGUCGUAUCAGAACCAACGGCCGGAUAUGGAAUGGAACGACCUCCCGGCUGACAUGGCCCCGACGUUGGGUGCGCUGCGCAAGAUAGGCAGUGAGUCAACUUCGGCGACGAGUUCGAGGAGUAGCUCGCAGGCGCCGCGGAGGAAGAAGGAUCGCUCAUACCCGGCCGCGGCUUUUGGCAAUUCAGGAGCAUAA